AAAUGAAUCAAAUGAUAUGAAAAUAAUAAAUAAAUACUUAAAUUUUUUGAAUAAGACAAAUGGUCAAACACGUACUUAAAAAGUCAACGGUGUCAAACAUUUUGAAACGGAUGGAGUAUUUAUCUAGAUUACAGAUUUGCUAGAGGGAGGUAGAGAAACAAGUUUUUUCCAAAUGUGAAACUAGCUACUCUGCGCUCUCUCGUGUGUUCAUCCUUUCGAUCCAAAGCGAAGCAUCAUGCACACAAUAUGAUAUUUCUUUAUGCUAUACAUAUUUAUCGGAAAGAAAGUCAUUCGUGUUAAAUUUGUGAAAAUUAACCUUUUGUCGAUCGACUAUAUAUGUAUAUAUCCAGCCCGUGCUUCACCAUUGAUGUGAAUUAAGUUUGAUUAUUGUUUAGUACUGUAAGGGUAUAUAUCCACAUGCAUGGUUGACUUUUUCUGGUAACUUGUUCCAACUACACAUAUAGUGUUAUAUACUGUAAGACUUUCUAGCACUGCUCACACACAUAUAGAUGUUAAUCCUCGUAAAAAAAUAUAGAUGUUAAUGAAUCUAGACAUAUGUAUAUAUUAAAUGAAUGUGGGCAGUGCUAAAAAGACUUAUAUUGUGAAACGGAGAUAGUACAUGUUUCUUAGUUAUAAUUAAUUCUGUACUGCUGAAUUUUUAGUAGUAUAUAUGUGUGUGUCACUAAUUAAACUAUACUUGUUUUUUGUACUCCAAAUAUGCAAUCCCAAUCCCUAAACACCAACUACAUUUAAUCCUUUGUCGAUUUUCAAUUAUGUGGGUUAAUUGUCUCAAAAUUUUAUAACUUUUUAAUUAUGUAACUCCAAAUUAUGUGGAUUAUUUAAUGCCAUAGGAGAUCCAAAACUGAUGACGAUACCGAGACACAAUAUUUGAUAACGAGUUCAGCCAACACCUAUAUUCCGAGGACCUCCCUGGUUCAGCAUAUUACAACAUAUUAGAGUUACAACGACCUUGACCGGAUGCCACUGAUCGAUAGCCGCUCCCUCUCGCCUAUGCUAAGUCGCUAUACGGUUACAACAUGUCUAUCUCUCUAUUUAAGAGAGAGUUUAGGAUAGAGUCUGACUUUUACUCUAUUUUUUUUAUCUAAUUCAACUUCAAGUCUUAAACUGUAACCGAUUACGUAUAUAUAUUUGACACAAACUCUAACGUAUGUAGCUAGCUAACACUUGAGGUUGUACAUGCAUGCACAUGAUAUGUGUCGAAAGCCUCUUCGUCGGUACCGUCUAGUACAUGUUAGUUAAUUCCUCACAAUGUCCAUGGGAAAAUGAAACCAUAUAAUAAAGAAAAAUUCAAGGAUGGUUCCAUCCGAUUGGGAGCUAGGAAUCAGCGCAUCAAAAGAUGAAAACUUGAUAUGCACACUACUCCUCCAAAUUGGCCACAGCAAAUUGCUGUGUAACUACCAUUUGCUUAAUUAUCCCCCUUUUGGCGUCAGAAAGCUGCAAAUCGGUAGCCUUUUAUAUGACCAAGUUGCCUUCUCCUCCAUCUCGUCUUCCUCGUCAUCCUCUUCCUCGAUCGUCGUCGUCGUCGUCGUCGUCUCGACAUUGAUUCGGGAGUAUCCACGGCCACGUGCCGCGGCGAUGGAGGCCAUCAUCGCCGCCAUGGGAGGGCCGCACGGCUUGUCGGCCGGCAGGUGUCGCCCGCCUAGAGGACUAUACACACCAUCGCCGGUGUAAAGGACGCAGCCUGAUUGGCUAAACUUAAUUAGUAGUGCUAUUAGCUUAAGCUUAAUUAGCUUGGGCCAAAAAGUUAUUCUUCUCUGCACUUUCAUUUCUUUAAUUAGUACUAGUAUCGAAAGUUCAUGUGUGUUAGUGUGUGCUCUCUGUCACUUUUUUCAUAUUUUAUCGUAUAUAUGUAAAAAAAAAUUAUGCGGGUAUCUUCUUGUGACUUUAAUUGAUCUGCAGCUGCUAGUUGAGUCCAAACUGCCGUUGAUUAACAUUUUUCUUAUCAUAACGACCGUUAAUUAAUUAGCCGAAGAUUAAUUUGAUUAUAUCUACACACGCCAACUGAAUAUAUGUACAUGUAGUUUUGUGUCAGAUAACUUCUUUUGCGAGCGAUGAAUAGAUACAGGGCACAAGUCUACGUAAACGCUUGAUUGCCCAUCGAUCGAUGCGAUUUUAUAUCACUCUACAUAUAUAUACAGUAGUAUACAAAAUUGUUGCCCUAUAAAAGUAUAUAUAAAACAAAUUGAAAUGUUGGCUUAUGUUACUUUUGUAUAUUAUGUUCAUGAAAAAGCACGGUACCGCGUACUUGUAGUGAGUCAAAAAUCAGUCCACAUGCAUAUCAAACAAAUUUGCAUGCAUGUAAUUUCCCAUUAUUUCUUUCCUCAAAAUUGUAAAAAAAAGAACUCUUUUCCAAACAAGUUGGAUAUAAAUAAUUGAAUAGACAAAUAAAUACUGCGGGCGCACCAUAUUUUUGUAAGGAAAGGGAAAGAAUCAUUAUCUCAUGUGGUGCUGGCGGGCAAUGCUAGCCCUACGUUACAACAUAACAUUCCACACUUUUUUCAACAAGAUCGAGAAAAUCCAAUAAACAAGUAGAAAAAAACCCGCCGCUCAACGCAUAAAUAGAGCUAUAGCCGGUUCUCUUCAGCAUAGUCAGCCAAUUCCCUUCAGCACAGUCGGUAACAAUAUCACGAGGUUUGCUACGACGGUGCGGCCCAUUUAUACCAUACGACUCUCUUCUCUUAUAAGGGAGAUAAGAUACAUACCCCCUUUUCCACCAAAGAAAAUGAGCCGCGAUCUCAAUUUCUCUGGAUUUAACCAAUUGGGUCGCCUCCAACCCAUGCAAGGGCUUCCUAGGGCGUCGUCGUCGUCAACCUCGGCGUCGAGAGAUCGAGACGGCGGCGAUGGCGAUGGCGGCGGCGGCGGCGUGACGAUGACGAACGGGCAGGACAACCUGCUGCCGAUCGCCAACGUGGGCCGGAUCAUGAAGGACGGGCUGCCGCCGCAGGCGAAGAUAUCGAAGCGGGCCAAGGAGACGAUCCAGGAGUGCGCGACGGAGUUCAUCAGCUUCGUCACCGGCGAGGCGUCGGAGCGGUGCCGGCGGGAGCGGCGGAAGACGGUGAACGGCGACGACGUCUGCCACGCCAUGAGGAGCCUCGGCCUCGACCACUACGCCGACGCCAUGCACAGGUACCUGCAGAGGUACCGCGAGGGCGAGGAGCUCGCCGCGUCGCUCAACAGCAGCAGCAGCGCCGCCGCCGCCGCCGCCGCCGCCGGCAGCAGGGGCGGUGGCGCCAUACAGAUCGACGUGAGAGCUGAGCUCUCCAUCUUCAGAUCAGGCAACAACCAAGGUCGUCCAAACAAUUAACCAUGCAUUGUAUGCUACUGUUGAUCAUAGCUGUUCUUGAUCAAGAUGAUCAGGUUGCAAAUUUGCAGUAACUUUGCACUACAUAUAUAUGCAACUGAGCAGCUCACUGUCAUGGAGUUAUUUUUUUUUUGUGUGUGUGUGUGUUGCAAUCUGGCUUGUGUCUAUGUACUACGAUGUGUUUUCCGGUGCGAGUACUACGAUGUGUUGUACCAAAGUUGUACUGCUCUGGUUUCGAAGAAAAAAAGGUGUACUGAUAUGAUAUAUGUAUGGUUUUUAAUUUGUUGCGUGCAUACUUUUAAACGUAAUA